CUCUCCCCUACACCCCAAAAAUAAAAUAAAAUGAUUUCUCUGUUCUGUCGUCUCAUCACUUGUUAAUGGAAUAAUCUUGUUUCUUCUAUAAAUAUUCACAAACGCUUAUUGAUUUUUCUCCUGACUUCCAAAAAUCUUCGGAUAUUCAAUUUCAAAUGGCAAACAAAGAUCCAUUGAUGAUAACAGAUAAAGAUGAAAUGAGAAAGUGGUCAAGGUCGAUGAGAGCACAAGGCAAGACAAUUGGGUUAGUCCCCACCAUGGGUUAUCUCCAUGAAGGCCAUCUUUCCUUAAUUCAAGAAUCCCACAAACAAACUCACCUCACUGUUGUGUCAAUUUAUGUAAAUCCAGGUCAAUUUUCUCCCACUGAGGAUCUCUCCACUUACCCUUCAGAUUUGCUUGGUGAUAUUCAGAAAUUAAAAUCUGUUCCUGGAGGUGUUGAUGUUGUUUUUAACCCCAAAAAUUUGUAUGAUUAUGGGAAUAAUGAUAAUGGGUGUGGGGUAGGUUUGGAUCAAGAAGGGGGUAAGGUAGUGUCUUGUGUAGAAACAGGUGGAAUGGGACAUGAAACUUGGGUCAGAGUUGAAAGAUUAGAAAAGGAUUUGUGUGGGAAAAGUAGGCCUGUUUUCUUUAGAGGUGUUGCCACUAUUGUCACCAAGUUGUUUAAUAUUGUUGAGCCUGAUGUUGCUGUUUUUGGGAAGAAGGAUUAUCAGCAAUGGAGGAUAAUCAAAAGAAUGGUGCGAGAUCUUGAUUUUGGCAUAAAAGUUAUAGGCACAGAGUUAGCACGAGAUGAUGAUGGCCUUGCGAAAAGUUCCCGUAAUGCCCGCCUUUCACCUGAUGACAGGCAAAAGGCAUUGUCUAUAAGUAAGUCACUGUUUAAAGCAAAAUUUGCAGCAGAGAAUGGUCAAAAUGAUUGCCAAGAGUUGAGGAAUGCUGUUAUCCAGGCCAUACAUGAAGCCGGUGGAAAGAUUGAUUAUGCAGAGAUUGUAGACCAAGAAAGUUUGGAAAAAUUGGGAGAGAUCAAUAGACCUGCCGUGUUUUGCGUUGCUGCAUGGUUUGGAAAUGUCAGGUUGAUCGACAACAUCGAAAUCAAUGUUCAGUGUGCAUCGAGUUUUUGACAAAGUUGCUUCUAAAUUCUAAUGGAUAUCGACAGCCUGUGACAUCUCUCUAUGAAGCGGGUCGAUGUAGACUGUUAAAAGAGUUGCUAGCAAUUCAUUUUGAGGUUUUAAUUUUCACCACUUGUGUCAUUGACACUACCAUUUCAAUUCUUCUUCUCCAUACAUGUAACUUUGAUGUCAGUGAGAAAUAUAGAACUUUUGCUGUUUGUUUCAAAACCAUCUGUAGUCAGUGUCUCGGAUUACUGCAUGUUUUCAGCAAAAACUUAACAGUAUAUUCUUAUAAGGUGGCCCUUCCUUUUCAAUGUAAGAAGGCAAAGAGACCCAAUUCCUGACU